UCGCCCCCGGAGGGCCCCGCGGCCCGGCCCCGCGGCGGUGACGAUGCUGCCCAGCUCCAUCCAGAUCUCCGGGGAGCCGCUGUCGAGCGCCGAGGUGCGGGACAUCUGCCGCGGCCUGCGGGACAACGCCGUGCGCCUGCUGUCCCUGCGCGGCUGCCGCCUCUGCGACCGUGACUUCGCCCGCAUCUGCCGCGCCCUGGCCGGAGCCUCGUCCCUGGCGCAGCUCAACCUCAAUCUGGGCGUCGUGUCCAGCCCCGGGCGCGUCAAGCAGCUGGCCGAAGCCCUCAGGGUCAACCGCUCCGUCCAGUCCCUCUUCCUUCAUGGGAGCCCCCUGACAGAUGCUGGACUGGCCCUGCUCAACCCUGCCCUGGCUCUGCACCCUGCCCUUGUGGCCCUAGACUUAGGUGACUGCAUGCUGGGGGAUGAAGCCAUCAAUCUCAUCUGUGGUCUCCUGCCCCCUGAUGGGGCUAAGUCAGGCCUUAAGGAGCUGACCCUCAGUGCCAACCCUGGAAUCACCCCCAAGGGCUGGAGCAGGCUUGCCAUCGCUGUGGCCCACAGCUCCCAGGUCCGAGUCCUCAAUCUGGACUACAACCCCCUGGGUGACCAUGUGGCAGGGAUGUUGGCUGUGGCUGUGGCCUCCAGUCGCACCCUCGAGGUCCUGGACUUGGAAGGUACUGGGCUUACCAACCAGUCAGCCCAGACCCUACUGGACAUGGUGGAGAAUUAUCCUACGGCUUUGCGGAGCCUGGUGUUGACUGAGAACAGUAUCAGCCCAGAGCUGCAGCAGCAGAUUUGUGACCUACUCUCAGAGGGCGAAGAGGAGGAGGAGGCGGCUGCAGCAGGAGACGGUGGCCGGGUCCAGGAUAGGGAUCGAGAUGGGGAGCUCGAUACUCGCCAGAGGGGUGGAUCCUGGAUCUGCCCCAGUGAUCCUGGCUCCCAGAUGGUACUGAUGACAUCAGGACUGGGAGAUAGUCUGUUGGCUGAGACUGAGAUGUGAAUCCUGCAACUCCACCCCCCACCCCCCACUCCUAGCCUCUGUGUGCCCCUGUGUGUGUCUCCCCGUGUGUACGUCUACACAUGCCAUUGUAAGCAGGGCAAAGCCCUAGGGUCUCGAGGGGUGGUACCCAGGGCUCUGGCAGCCCCCUGGCCGCAGGGUGGGCAGGUGGGUGGCUCUGGUAGCUGUGAUUGACUAAACGGCCUUGUGGUGGCACCUGUUCCCAGGGCAAUACCCCUAGCUGCAUUAGCAGCUCUGGCUGCAGCCCGCUGGCUCGGUAGAUUUUAUAAACUCCACAACCUGG